AUGGCUUUACUAAACCCAAACGCACCUGCGUUCUUCCCUCACCAAGCACCUCCGUUCAUCCCUCAUCAAGCUCCUCCGUUCUUCCCUCACCUGUAUUACCAUCAAAACACUCAUCUCAUCUCAUCUGAAGCUGAAGAAGAACAGCAUGCGCAUGGCACUUUGGAACCAGGAAAACAACAGCAGCUGCUGAUGGAGCUUCAUGACGGUCACAACAAGCAGAGGCGUUUUUUCAAGUUUAUAAACUGCAACCACCAUUCAUAUGAGUGGAGGAAGAAGGGAGAACAAGUUGGAAGAAAGAUUUUUCCACAGUCCAACAAUAAUGAUCAUCAUCAUUUCUUGGAAGCUCUUCCCAACAAGAGCAUACAACGUUAUCCAUUGAUGCCUGUGCGGCCUGACGGAGAUCAAACAACUGUGAUGAUCAGAAAUAUUCCCAGCAAGUACACGAGGGGUUUAUUGGUGAAUUUUUUGGAGAAUCAUUGUAUGCAGGAGAACCAAAGGGCUAGAAGUGAUGGUGUGGUGGGCAAUGAGAACAGGGCUGUUUUGGCUUUUGAUUGCGUGUACUUACCCAUAGAUUUCAAGACUGGGCUGAACAAGGGCUAUGCCUUUGUUAACUUCACAGAGUCCAAGGCUGCUUGGAUGUUUCGAAUGACAGCUUCCCAUAUGAAAUGGGAUCUGUUUAAAUCCCAAAAGAUCUGUGAGAUUGUUGCAGCACGUCUCCAAGGAAUUGAGAAUCUGGAGAACUAUUUUGCAUCCAUGUGCUUCCCGUGCCAGUCCGUGGAAGUGCUUCCUGUGUUCUUCAGCCCACCUCGGGAUGGUAUUCUCAAGGGAGGAGAGCAAAGGACUGUUGGGAGGCUUCUUGUCAGGCAUUGA